AGUCACAGAACUGUCUGUGGAACUCCCUCAUUGAUGGGCUCACUGGGAAUGUUAAGGAGAAGCCACGGCCAACAAUUGUCCAGGACACCCGACCUCCAGAAGAAAUUUUGGCAGAUGAAUUGCCACAGCUGGAUAGCCCAGAAGCUUUGGUGAAGACAUCCUUCAGGUUGCGGUCUUUGGUCAAACAAUUAGAACGAGGAGAGGCCUCUGUGGUAGAUCUUAAGAAGAAUCUGGAAUAUGCAGCCACAGUGCUUGAAUCUGUAUAUAUUGAUGAAACAAGGCGACUGCUGGAUACAGAGGAUGAGCUUAGUGACAUUCAGUCAGAUGCUGUGCCUUCUGAAGUUCGGGAUUGGUUGGCCUCCACCUUCACACGGCAGAUGGGGAUGAUGCUUAGGAGAAGUGACGAGAAGCCCAGGUUCAAGAGCAUCGUCCACGCAGUGCAAGCUGGGAUAUUUGUGGAAAGAAUGUAUAGACGGACAUCAAACAUGGUUGGGUUGAGCUAUCCACCAGCUGUAAUCGAUGCAUUGAAGGAUGUGGACACGUGGUCUUUUGAUGUCUUUUCCCUCAAUGAGGCCAGUGGAGAUCAUGCAUUGAAGUUCAUUUUCUAUGAAUUACUCACACGUUAUGACUUGAUCAGCCGUUUUAAGAUACCCAUUUCUGCACUUGUCUCAUUUGUGGAGGCCCUCGAAGUGGGUUAUAGCAAGCACAAAAAUCCUUACCAUAAUCUGAUGCAUGCCGCUGACGUCACACAGACUGUGCAUUACCUCCUUUAUAAGACAGGAGUAGCGAACUGGUUGACAGAGCUGGAGAUCUUUGCAAUAAUCUUCUCGGCUGCCAUCCACGACUAUGAACAUACUGGAACUACUAACAACUUCCACAUUCAGACUCGGUCAGAUCCAGCUAUCCUGUACAAUGACAGAUCUGUCCUGGAGAACCACCACUUGAGUGCAGCCUACCGCCUUCUGCAGGAAGACGAAGAGAUGAAUAUUCUGGUCAACCUCUCAAAGGAUGACUGGAGGGAGUUUCGAACUUUGGUAAUUGAGAUGGUAAUGGCCACAGAUAUGUCCUGUCAUUUCCAGCAAAUCAAAGCCAUGAAGACAGCCCUGCAGCAACCAGAAGCAAUUGAAAAGCCGAAAGCCUUAUCCCUCAUGCUGCACACAGCAGACAUCAGUCAUCCUGCGAAAGCAUGGGACCUGCACCACCGCUGGACCAUGUCUCUCCUGGAGGAGUUCUUUAGACAGGGAGACAGAGAAGCAGAGCUGGGGCUGCCAUUUUCUCCUCUGUGUGACAGAAAGUCAACCAUGGUUGCUCAGUCACAAGUCGGUUUUAUCGACUUCAUUGUGGAACCCACCUUCACUGUGCUCACGGAUAUGACCGAGAAGAUUGUAAGUCCAUUGAUUGAUGAAAGUUCCCAGACUGGUGGGACAGGCCAGAGGCGAUCAAGUUUGAACAGCAUCAACUCAUCAGAUGCAAAGCGAUCUGGUGUCAAGAGUUCCGGCUCAGAAGGAAGUGCUCCCAUCAACAAUUCUGUCAUCCCUGUUGACUAUAAGAGUUUUAAGGCCACUUGGACCGAGGUGGUGCAGGUCAAUCGGGAGCGGUGGCGAGCCAAGGUACCCAAAGAAGAGAAAGCCAAGAAGGAAGCUGAGGAGAAGGCUCGCCUAGCUGCUGAGGAAAAGCAAAAAGAAAUGGAAGCCAAAAGUCAAACUGAACAAGAUACAAACAGCAAAACCGAGAAAAAGACAUCAGGAGAAGCAAAAGGUCAAGUCAAUGGAACACGCAAGGGUGACAACCCUCGUGGGAAGAACUCCAAAGGCGACAAGGCAGGAGAAAAGCAGCAGAAUGGUGACUUGAAAGAUGGUAAAAAUAAGGCAGACAAGAAGGAUCACUCCAACACCGGAAAUGACUCAAAGAAAACAGAUGGUACAAAGAAGCGUUCUCAUGGCUCACCAGCUCCAAGCACUAGUUCCACAAGUCGCCUUACCUUGCCAGGAGACUAUGGAUAAAAACAGCUUCCAGAAACUUCCUUGGAAGAGAUCUGAACAUCUCCAAGGUCUGAAGACAUUGUGGAAAGCUUAUAUUUCUUUCCCCCAAACAAAAUCUACAUGUAUUGUAAGUUAUUGAGUAUUUAACUUCAAUUGGUGAGUUUUGCUCUCCAUAAUACAGCUUUUAAAA